AUGGCUGCAAAUGGAGGAUUAUUCAGGUCAGAUUUACUGGGUCUGUUUGGCUUCGUCGUAGUAUCGAUUCUCUCCUCAUCCUUCUGCCUCGGGAUUCGUUCCGUCCCCGACGGCGCGGAUCUCGCCGGGUUGCUCCGAUUCAACGAAGCCCCCGAGUACCGGAACGGCGUCGGGUGCCCGAUUUCCGGCGCUUCGUCAUGCGACCCGUCUCUGGUCCACAUCGCCAUGACCCUCGAUUCGGAGUAUCUCAGGGGCUCAAUGGCCGCCGUCCACUCGGUCCUCAAGCACGCGUCCUGCCCGGAAAACGUCUACUUCCACUUCAUCGCGGCGGAGUUCGACCCGGCCAGCCCGCGGGUCCUGAACCGGCUGGUCCGGUCCACUUUCCCGUCCCUCCGCUUCUCGGUCCACAUUUUCAGGGAAGAUAAAGUCAUCAAUCUCAUCUCUGCAUCAAUCCGGCAGGCCUUGGAGAACCCGCUCAACUACGCCCGGAACUACCUCGGCGAUUUGCUGGAAUCCUGCGUGGAGCGGGUCAUCUACCUGGACUCCGAUUUGGUGGUGGUGGACGACAUUCAGAAGCUAUGGAGCACGGUUCUGACCGGGUCGCGGGUCAUCGGGGCGCCCGAGUACUGCCACGCUAACUUCACCAAGUACUUCACGCCGGCGUUCUGGUCCGACCCGGUUAUGUCCCGGGUCUUCGCCUCCCGGCGGCCGUGUUACUUCAAUACGGGGGUGAUGGUGAUGGAUUUGGUGCGGUGGAGGGAAGGGAACUACAGGAAGAGGAUUGCGAUGUGGAUGGAGAUUCAGAGGCAGAGGAGGAUUUACGAUCUGGGUUCCCUGCCGCCGUUCUUGUUGGUGUUCGCCGGGAACGUGGAGGCCAUCGACCACCGGUGGAACCAGCACGGGCUAGGAGGGGAUAAUGUGAGGGGAAGCUGCCGGUCUCUGCAUCCCGGUCCGGUGAGCUUGCUGCAUUGGAGUGGGAAAGGGAAGCCAUGGGCUAGGCUUGAUGCUAAAACUCCUUGCCCACUUGAUCAUUUGUGGGAGCCUUAUGAUCUCCACCAUGGAAGCAGCAUCAGUAGCAAAACCAAUGAUCUUCUGGGUUCUGCAUCAGUGGCUGGUCUUUCCAGUUACUUGUGA